AUGAUGCGCUUCUUCCUCGACCGCCUCCGCCUCGUCGAACAGCAGGCGCGCGCGGAGGAGGCGGCGGAGGCGGAGGCCGGGCUGAACCGGCUGGUGGAUCGGCUGGUGGUGGUGGCGUACGACGACGCGAGCUUCGACGAGUGCUGCUCGCUGGGGCUGCACUGCUACUUCGACUGGCAGGACGACGCAGAGGAGAAGGAGGACUUCAGCGGCGACCAGAAGCACUUCAUGACGCCCGCCUACAUCCACCUCGUGUGGCGCAAGGUGCACGUGGUGCGCAGCAUGCUGGCGCUGGGGUACGACGUGGUGUUCACGGACAACGACAUUCUCUGGCUGCGCAACCCGCUGCCGCAGCUGCUGCUCGCGGCGCCCGAGGACAUGCACAUGAGCGUCGACUGGUGGUUCGCCAACUCGCGCGCCGUCGUCGCCAACGGCGGCUUCUACGCGGCGCGCAGCAACACGCGCAUGCUCAAGUUCUUCGACGACUGGAUCGCCUGGCACAAGCGGCUACCGAAGCACCGCAUCCAGCAGAUAUUCGACUGGAUCCGCCCCGAGGCCAACCCCUUCACGCGCACCGCCACGCCGCUCACCGUGCGCUAUCUGCCCACGGCACAGUUCGGCGGGUUCUGCGAGAUGGGCGCGCGGCUGGCGGAGCUGGUGACGGUGCACGCCACGUGCUGCUUCGGGCUGGACUCCAAGCUGCGCGUGCUGCGCAAGAUCGCGGCGGACUGGGACUGGAUGCGCGCGCUGCCUAACGGCGCGGGCGAGCGCCUGGAGGAGCACGGGUUCGCGUGGCAGCGGCGGACGUGCGAGACGGACUGA